AUGCCUUCGCAAGUAUUUGAUUUGCCGGAGGUUAGGCGCAGAAAACCUAAUUUACCAACUUAUUGGGAAAAAAAUGAUUCUUUUAGAUAUAUCGAAAUUAUUGAUGAUAAAUUAGGCCUUUUAUAUAACGGACCAGGAAAUGAAAUUGAUGCUGCAGCAUCUCGAGCUGAUAAUCCUAUACCUUCAGAUGUUGGAAUAUAUUAUUAUGAGAUCGAAAUAAUAGAUGAAGGCGAAAAAAAAAAUAUAGGAAUAGGAUUUUCCGAGCCAAAUGCAUCGUUGAAUAGACUACCAGGAUGGGAUUGGAAUUCAUAUGGAUAUCAUGGAGAUGAUGGAAAUAGAUUUUGGUGUGGAAAAGGAAUAAGAUAUGGUCCACUUUUUAAUAAAGGAGAUGUAGUCGGAUGUGGUAUAAAUUAUUUAAAUCAAUCAGCAUUUUAUACAAUAAAUGGAAUUCAUUUAGGAACUGCUUUUAUGAGCCUUAAAGGUGAAUUUUAUCCCAUGGUCGGUAUGAGAUCUAUAAAUGAAAGAAUUUCAGUUAAUUUUGGUAGUAAGCCAUUUUUAUUUGAUAUAAAUAAUUACUCAAAGUUCAUAUUUAGUGAAUAUUUAAAACGAUGUGAGGAAAGAAAGAACCAACCCGAUGAUGAUGGAGUAGCUGAUGAUAAUAAUAUACCUCCCUUAUAUGAGAAUUCUUUGUGCUAA